AUGGCUGUGGAAGAUUUGGUUGAGAUGAAAUUCAGGCUUGCUGAUGGCAGUGACAUUGGACCAAGCAAGUUUAGUCCUUCUACAAUCGUGUUAUCUCUAAAGGAAAAGAUGACUUCUUUAUGGCCUAAAGCCUUGCCUGCACUAGGCCUAGGUAGACUGCCCAUCCAAGCCGGAGGCAACAUACUGGUUGUAGUCCUUGGAUCGCCUCAGCAUUGUAGUGCUGGUGGAUUCAAUGAAGAUGAGGCUCGCUUUUUCUUCCAGCAGCUAAUAUCUGGUGUUAGUUACUGUCAUUCAAUGGAAAUCUGUCACAGGGACUUGAAGCUGGAAAACACACUUUUGGAUGGGAGUCCAACACCACGUCUUAAAAUAUGUGAUUUUGGUUAUUCUAAGUCCGGUUUGUUGCACUCACAACCCAAAUCGGCAGUUGGAACACCAGCAUAUAUUGCACCUGAGGUCCUGUCAAGGAAGGAAUAUGAUGGCAAGGUCUGUAUCAUCAAAAUUCUUGAAGAAUUUACGAAGAUUCUCUCCCUCUGAGCAUUAGUUUCCUCUUCUAGUUAACUCUUUACUGUGAUAGUAUAAUGGAAUUUCCUCCCUUUUGCUGUGAUAUGGUAUUACUAGAUCGACUAGUAUCCCCAACUUGCAUCCAAACAUAGUCAAAAGUAGUAGUACUGUUUCUUCUAAAUCAGCAAUAUGGCCCUUGUCUCAAGCAUCUUGUAAACUUUGUGCUAGUGGUUAUGCUUGUUCAGUUCAUUUCUUCCUGCUUAAUAGGCAGGCACUG